AUGCUAGGGCGAAUGAGAGGUGAUGCUGGUCUCACCACGAAGUGGGAUAGUAUUCCUUGUGAAGAUCCCCAAUCGCUGGACGACGUCUCUGGGGAUAAAAAUUCGGAUGGUUUCACACCGGGCAACUGUGCCGUACACGUUACGCACUGGAGGCCACUCGGCGACGGGACAAAACACGGCAAUAACAAUCAGCUUGACAAACACCAGCUGGGAAUCAUGAUUAAGGAUGGCACGAACAAGCAGAUGAUGUUUGCGCCUAAGCAGCCCGUGAUGGGGACACUCAGUGCGCAUACAUCACUCGGACCCCUAAAUGUCACCGUGGACGAUGAUACAAUCCACUUUUUUCACGGAAACCAGCAUUGGACGGAAGACAGCAAAGACCAUCAGUGUUCGUUUCCGAAGGCCAAGUGGGACGGAGACACAGAAACCAAGAGCGGCUCUUGCAUCUAUCACUGCGAGAGCCCCCCGGAGAGCGUCCCGGAUGAUUUGGACUCCAAGGAUCUGCAAGUGACGCCCAUUCAAAAAGCUUAUGAUGGCAACGGCGGCAAUCCGAACAUGCACUUUGCGGAUGACUACCGCAAGGGAUGGUGCACGUUUCACCUCCGUGUCUAUCAGAGGAAUGAGGAUAAUGAGGACCUCAACCCUAGCUCUUUCUAUGCCAUGGAGAUCGCUCUCUACGACGCAGGCGACGACGACAAUGAUGCCAAGAUUAUCGCCUACCAGUCUCAGACCUUUGCCGAAAAGAGUGUCAAUAUCCAGGGCCCACUUCCUUAUGAGUUAAUUGCUACUCCACCCAAAGAUGACGAUGACCAUGUGUACUUCAAGUAUGCUGGGGCCUCUUUCCAUACUGGAGAUAAGAAGAAUUGUGGGAAUUGUGGUGCUUAUGAUUCUGGGGCGAUGGAUUGCGACUGCGGUUUUACGUGUUGA